AUGGGGAUGCUCCUGCAUCUGGACUCGCUGUGCUGCAGCGUUACCCUCUGCGCGUGGCGCUUUUUCUCUCCUUCAUCGCGGGGGUCCAGGGCUGUCCACUUCUCGCGUGCAGCCGCUCCGCUGCUCAGGACGCGCGAUGUUUUCCUGUGGUCGGUGUUCGUAUCCUCUUCGCUCUCGCUCCUCUGGGCUUCCGCCACUUCAGGCGAAGCCCCGACUGGAGCAGAACACCUGCACUCCUCUCUCGCAUCCCUGUCAUUUGCUCCUGACCCGCUCGCUCUUCUGGUUGCGUCGCUAGUGGGGCUUUCGCUUUUGGUCUCGCGAGGCCUCGUCCGGCUGCGCGGGAGUCUGACGCGCCGCGCCGCCUACCAGGCGACGGCGGAGGUUGAGAGACGCGCUGUCGUUGUUACAGGCGCCUCCUCGGGGCUAGGGCUCCAGAUCGCUCUCCGCCUGCUCGCGCGCGGCUUCUUCGUCGUCGGGACGUGCCUGGAUGCCUCCGAGGCGCAGGCGGUCAGCGCAGAGAUACGCCGCAGGGACGGUGCGCCGUCUGCGGAAUACCAGGCCAGUAACGCUAGCGAAGCUGCAGGCAGCGAACACGAGAAACCAGUACGAAAGACACAGCGCGAUCCCGCGCGUUCGGCCCCGCUUGCCCCUGGCGUCGCCAACGCCGAUUCCACCCCUUCGCAGUCGUCUCCCCCCCUUGCGCCUGAUUCCCCAGGGGUACUGCCGCCGUCUCCUGCGCCUGCUCGCGGUCGCCCGUCGCCUUCCUUGGCCUCGCGGUUUUGCCUGCUGCAGCUGGACGUCGCGGUAGCCGCAGACGUGGCGCGGGCUGCCGAAGACACAAAGCGCUUCCUCAAGAGAAACGACCUUCACGGCCUCUAUGCCGUGGUGAACUGCGCGGGCGUGUGGGACUGGAGCUUCCUCUCCGGAUCGAUGCAGCAUGCUGAAGUGACUGCCGCUGUCAGCCUGUGGGAACGCCUCAUUAACGUAAACUUUCUCGGGUCGGUUCGCGUCCUUCAUACAUUCCUGCCGAUGCUCCACGCGUUCAGCGCCGCUGCCUCUUCGUCGCCCGCGGCGUCGCCCUCGGUUGCGCGCGUCGCCAGCCUCCCCCAGUCUGCCCCGUGUGCUGCUGGCGCCCGUUGGUCCUCUUCGGUCGUCUCCGCUUCCUCCGGAUGUCUCUCCAUUCUGCGUCGAGUUGCUGCGCGUCUGACACUCGCGCCUCCGCCUCGGGUCGUCUUGGUGGGGAGCAUCCUCGGGCGCCUCUCCGCACCUGGGCAAGCAGCCUACUCCGCAUCCAAGGCCGGCGUCCGCGCGCUUGCCUGCGCCGCCCGAAGGGAUCUGAGAGGCACCGGAGUUCGCGUGGUGCUUGUCGAGCCCGGCGCCAUGCGAACUCGCUUGUUCGAGAAGGCGCUUGCGCAGCCCCCGACCAACCCCCCAGUCCCUCAUCCGCUGGACCCUCUGGGGGCUCGCGGCCCCUGCCCGGCGGGUUACGCCGCGGGCCUCUCCCCAGACAGCUGUCUCCGCCCUCCGGCCGAAGCGGUCUUCGUCGCACAGUGCAGAGGACUUCUCGCCUUUGCGUCCAGCCCUGAGAAAAUCGCAGACCGGAUUAUCGCGGCCGCCAUCUGCUCGGCCUCGCCGCCGGACUCCGUCUGCCUGGGCUGGGACACUUACGUUUGGCGACUUCUCGAAAGGCUGCCCUCUGCAUGGAGGGACUUCCUCCUCGACUUGCUCUUCCUGAGCCCGCACAUACGGCGCCUCACCGAAGAUGCUGCGUCUGCGAUCGAACGAUGCAGUUCCCGCGAAGCACGAGCUUGA